AUGUCUAGUACACCGGUAACUUUAGGCGAGAAGACAGGAAAAAAGUUGGUACUUAAAGCCAGUUUGCUCCAGCCUUAUCUCGUAACAAUACCAACUGCUGAAAGGAAGACAUCAUCUACCGUUCUUAAACUCUUAACACGAUUUUUUGAAUCUCACCCAGAAGUCAAGAAAGUACAAAGUGCUGGUCGUAAAAAGCGAAAAAUAAGUGGUGAAAUUAAACAACCAAACGAGUUUCGGAAAAACUUUGUAUUUGGAAUAAACGAAGUGACAAAGGCGCUGGAAAAAGAUAAACUUUCUUUUUUCAUUACUUGCAAAUCUGCCAAGCCUGCAGCUCUAACUCAGCACCUAGCUCUGCUUUCUGCUUCCCGAGGAACACCAACAGCAGGUCUUGCAAACUUGAGUGCCACUCUUGCUCCACUGCUGGAACUAAAAUCAGUUUUAGCAUUGGGUUUUCUGAAGACAGAAGACCCAUCGGACGUGGCUAAAACUGCUACUGAUAUAAAACAACACUUAUCCACUAUCACAUUGCCGUGGAACACACUGCUGCCUGAAAAGUGUCCUGUUAAGCAGAGUACAGUUUCCGAGGAAAACCCCCACUUUUUACAGACGAAAGUCUGCAUCAACAAAAGCUCAGGAAGGGCAAAGCGUCAACGAAACUAA